AUGCCCGAGCUUUCCAGUAUUGAACUCUCGGAAAUUGAAGUUGUUGGAGUUCUUCGCAAACUAAAUUCACGAAAGGCGUGUGGUCCAGAUAACAUUCCGAACAGACUGCUGAUCGAACUUGCGGACGUUAUUGCACCUUCGUUAUGUGAGAUAUUUAACAUGUCAUUGAAUCUUGGUGUAGUACCUCUUAAAUGGAAAAUGGCGAACAUUACACCCGUAUUCAAACGCGAAGAUCCAACGCUGGCAAUGAACUACAGGCCAAUCUCACUACUUUGCACUUUGUCGAAAGUCCUAGAACGUUGCGUUCACAAUCAUUCCUACCAGCAUCUCGAGCCACACAUUUAUCAAAUGCAGCAUGGUUUUAUACGAGGAAAAUCCACAACCACACAGCUGCUUGAAGUAUACCAUGAAAUUCUGGAAUCAGUCGCAAGUGGGAAUGAAGUUGAUGCCAUAUACCUGGACUUUUCAAAGGCAUUUGACAAAGUACCGCAUCAUCUUCUUUUGCGAAAGCUUGAGACUUUGGGAAUCAGGGGAUCUCUAUUAUCUUGGUUCCAAAGCUACCUCACAGAUAGACAACAAAGAGUCGUUCUUCACGGCGUUUGCUCCGAAUGGCUUCCCGUAACAUCAGGUGUGCCACAAG